GAAAAGAAGAAUAAACAAAAAAAAGAAAAUCUUCAAGGAUCAUGAGCGACACAAUCGGUCAGUACCAACAGCCAUCAUCGGCAUCCACCGGAACCGGAGUCGGAGGCGGAGUUGGAAUUGGCAGCACAAACACGAACAAGAACAAAGGUCCCCGAGCAUGUACGACAUGUGCCCGCGCCAAAUCACGCUGCAUCCCCGGGCCCACUCCCGACAUAUGUGAACGGUGUCAUCGCCUGAAGAAACCAUGCGCCUCCCAGACCCCGGCUCCGCCUCGGAAGAGGAAGGAGACGAGGUCCAACAGGGUUGCCGACUUGGAGCGGCGGCUAGAGGAGCUCAAGACGAGACUCCAGCCCGUCGUAGAAGCCCAACAGCAGCAACAACAAGGACAAUAUCAAGAAACACAACAGCAGCAGCUGAACGGGCGGCAACAAUCAUCACCGCCCCGCUCGGUUCAAAGCCCACAGAGUGACAUACGGCGACAAUCAGCAGCCGGCAUCGUUGGCCAAAAUGAUAUGGGUCACGUCUUUCCUAGCGCUUCCGACCCUUUCCAGGCACCAUCCUUUACGACAUCAUCGACCUUUGGAUCAAGGCCAGGGGCUGAGCACCAGAGUGCUUCUGCUUCGACGGCGUCGGGGAAUGAUGAUACUAAUUCCGAUAAUGGGGCAUAUUCUGGCGCCCCAAGGGUUUCGAGCGAGAUUGACUGGCCGGACGGGCAACGGGCAGCCACCUUGGUCCAACUGUAUCGCUCUCAGCUCGCAGAGCUUUUCCCCUUUGUGGUGAUCCCAUCCGACCUCAACCCCAAGGAUAGACCCUUUUUGUGGAAGGCUGUCAUCAUGGCUGCCUCCUUUACUGACGGCCUGGAGCAAAACUUAUAUGGAUCUCGACUUCUCAGCGACAUUGCCAUCACGGCAUUUAUACAACCUGAAAAGUCACUCGAUCUCCUCCAGGGCCUUCAGCUCCUACUAUCUUGGUACAACUUCAACAUGAACAGCUUUCAGAUAACGAAUCUCAUCUUCUUGGCCCGGUCAAUAUGUGUUUCUCUGGGCACCGGGGAGGGGCCUUCGUUGUCGCCUCUGCAGCCUUUAGGUAGCAUGGCAAGCGACCCCCUUGCACCCGUGUCGUUGGAGAAAAUGCGAGCUUUCGCAGGAACAUACUACUUGGUCACAAGUGCAUUCACCACCAAUAAAAAGCCCGACGAACUAAUGAAUACUUCUUACCUCGACUUUUGCUGCCUAACUCUCGAGAGCAGGAUGGAGUAUCCUACGGACGAAAUGGUUGUAAAUCUAGUCAAGGUCCAACAACUGGCACAGUCAAUCUCCAUAUCGCUAGCACUACGCAACGAUAGCAACUUCUCUAGGUCUAUUGAAUACCAACUGCCGCCGCUAGAUGAUGUCGUCAGAAGCUUCCAGCAGCAACUGCAAGUAUUUGAGCAGAUGCUGCCCGAAAACGUCAAAAACCAGCAGCUUUUCAUGGGACACUUCCGCGUUGCCCAGAUACUACUGUUUGAAGUUGGUCUCAACGAAAAGGCGGCCUCAGAGCUCGUACAAGUCAGCCGCACGGAGCUCCUAUGGUGCUGCCUUACUGCUUGUCGUGAGUUCAUGACAUUGCGAUUUGCACAUCAAGACAUGGAAGAGGUCCCAGUGGAGGGCGAGCCGCCGUCAGACUGCAAGCCGCGUAUGACGAGCCUCGCAGCGGCCGACUUUGUCUACACCUUUAUGAUUAUCGUCAAACUCCUGAUGCUUCAGGCUCCCGGCUGGGAUCUGGACGCCGCGCGAUCCGAGAUAGACUUGGAGGGGAUCAUUGAUAGGCAGAUGAGGCAGAUCGAUGCCAUCAUCGUAUUCCGCCGCCGCGCCGGGGACGGCGUGCCAUUGACGUCUUCAGUAACACGCUACUGCCGCCAACCCCAACAGCCGCUGACUUCGAGCAUCGAAGCCUCGACCGCUUCGAUACCGCCAAAGGAGGAUCCCUUCGAGAUGCUUCGAUACCGGCUCAAAGAGCUGAAGGAAAUAUUGGCUCGCGAGGCCCCUGGAAUAUUCCCUCAGAGGGCUGCGAGCUCGACCUCUCCAGAAAACCUGGCCGUUCUCUUGGGUUUCGGGAACGACAUGGCCGUUCCCGACACCAUCAUGACGGACAUGAACAUGGAGUCUUGGGCCUAUCUGCUCACAGCCGAUGAUGGCUGGGACGCCUCGAAUAUGAUGCCAUAUUGGAACACGAUGGAUAAUAGGGGGAUGAGAUGAUGAAUGAAAUACAUGACUUUCAAAUUUGAUCCUGAGUUUUUAUAUGAGUAAUUCUGUCUCUGGGGCCUGAUGGAUGGGCUAGGAUUCAAUACUUGUAGCACUUGUAAUCUAUACCUACCUUAGCUGUAUGGUGUGACACAGUUGAGCGAACGAUUGCGACUUGAUGUGUCAAGGAGAAACGUUUACUAA